CUUGGGAGUGUUGAGACUACUUGAAGUGUCUCUGUCGUCUUUUCUUCUUUCUAUUCUUCUCUUUGUACUACGAUUACCAUCAUCGGCUAUUGUUAAAGCUUCUGUACUCCUUUUUCCUGAAUUAAUAUACAGUAGAUUGCUUGGUCCCUGUCAUUGGUAUCAGAGCAGUCGACCCAGGGAAGCUUCAAUCAACAGUCACGCGGAAAAAAAUGUAGCACAGGGAACAUCGACGGUCAGAGAAGGUGGCCGCCUCUGCUUUGUGCGCGAACAUGGAGAAGCGCAAGAAGCGCAUGUCUGCGCAAAAGGGGAAGGAACCGCAUCGAAGAUCCAAUCAGGAUGCUUCGCGCGGGAAAGAGGAGAAGCGGGCGGAAAAGGUUGAAAGUGAUUGGGCGAAGGAGAUGCGAAUCUGGUUGGACAAGAUGCGCAAACGUUCACGUCGCCAGAGACCUAGAGGCCAAGCUAGGAGCCCUCCUAGACAGCGUUGGAAUUCCGGAAACCAGCACUCAUCGUCAUCGCAAACUCUAACGCUAUCGAGAGGAGAAGCUUCCAGUUCUCAGGUGUUUUCUUCUAUCAGUUCGCAAUCGCGAACCGCAUCUUCCAAUUCAUCGACGCUAGCAGCUCCUCACCGUACAACGCUAGCUGAGUUCACUGGUCCGCAGGAUUUGUUGCAAGUAGAUUCUCACCCUGCACAAGUUCCAUCGACGACACUGAAUUUCAUCGAUGCUCACCCUGCGCAAGCCAUAGACCACGUUGAAUCAGGAAGUGAACCGCUGGAGACUCCAUUACCGAACAUUGAGUUGAAGCCCGCUGAACAAUCAAUCACUGAACUGGAUCUGAACGGUGAUGAUACUCAACCUACGGAUUAUACACCAGGUAAUCCUGCUGAUUCCGAACCACACAGACCUCACACUAUUGACAGUCCAGAAGGAAAUCUUACAAAUAACCCUGGUACUACCUUGGUCUUGAUCAACAGUGUCACAGGGGCUAAAAAAAUGGCCGGAGGUUUGCUAGUACACUAGUACGAAAACCAGAAGAUUUUGAAUUUGUGAUUGAUAGAGAUCAUGAAGUUGGAUGGGUUGUUGUAAAAAAUCUUUUGCACAAACUGUCAUCAGACAAUACUUUGGAUGAGCUGAACAAGUUUAAGGGUAUAGAUAGUUGCUAUUUACACUCUGGAAGUCUGGAUCCCUAGGUUCUCAUCUGAUGUGGGACUCUCGUUUAGUUAACUAUGGACAUUGGGAAGUAUUGAGAGUUGCUCUAUCAAAGCAGAGUGAGCCGCCAGAAGCUCUUCAGCUACCAGCAAAAGUAGCCACUCACUUUGGGAUUCCAGCAACUGCAUUUACUCAAACACUGGUUUUUUACCCUAUUCAGCAGAGCUUAGCUAUCAGGACAACAGAUGGAAGGCUGAAAGUUGUUGAAGAGGAACACAAUGUCUACUGUAUAACUAUGCUAUGGACUCCACCAAUUGUAGCAGAGUCUUAUGGAAAAGAGAGCCAUUGGAGUUGUUAUGCACCAAUGCUGAAUAUCCCACUAGAUGGAAUAGCAACCGUAGACUGUGUCCAGAUAUCUUCUAUGGAUGGUAGUGAACCACAACUUGCUGGUUCUCCGAGGACAAACUGGGAAAUGUUUGGGUUGUGUAUGCCUAAUGUUUCAUGGACACGGUCAGCAGGAGAGAAAGCCACAGCUCAUUCUGAACUAUCAAAUGCGUUUACUGGACUUCUAAAGUUGUGGAGUUCUAACCAUCCCCCUAUUGAGUAUGGAGUGGGAGAGGUGCAGUCCAUGAGCUACCAGUUAACACCUGUACACCUCUUAAUGAAAGAAGAGCAUUCACAGAAACAGGAAAAGAGUGCUGCCAAGGCCAUGCAAGACCUCUGUGAUAUGUUGUGUUGGGAGGUCCUUCAGGUAAACGUGAGUGAGCACCUUGAAACAUGGAAGGAGUUGUUAAAAGCUAGGAAGGAAGGUAGUUCAUUUCAGAAGUUGAAAUGGCCAAGAGAUGAUGAAUUGAAAGCUCUCAUGCUUCAAGAAUAUUUGGAAAGGGUGGCAGUGGGAGAUUAUGAGGUUACAGUGUCAAGGAUUUUGGCAAAUUAUUCCCUCCCUCUCAAUUUCAUUCCUGAAGGAACCGACAUACAAUCAGCUACAGACGCCCUGCAAUCAUCAAUUGGUGAUGAGUUGAAAUUAUUUCAUUCCAGGAAUUUGGCAGAGUUAUUGGACAUGGCCUGGGUUCUACAAGAAACAAAUUCUGCUAUUAAAGGAGGAGUAAGGAGCAAGCAACAGACUUGGGCAGAGGGGCUGAAAUGGAAAACUGAUACUGAGCCGCAGGCCCACAUAUGGUUGAUGGAUGAGAAGACUGCUGAAUUCUCGGGUUGGUGGAGAGUAAGGAAAGCUGCUUUGUUUGCUUUGGCUUUAGUGUCAGAUCAGCUACUUGAAACAGCGGGUUUUGGAGAGUAUGGUGCUACUGCAGGAAAUAUCUUGGAGAAAGUUCUUGUAGAAGACAUUGCAACAGGGGUUGAUAAAUAUCUUGUUCUAUAUGCCUAUAGGUUAUCAACCGUUGCUAAGCUUUCUCUUGUGAGCAGCCGGGGAAUUAAUGAGCAGUUGGUGUAUGCGUCUGUUAAGGCAAUUGGCAUGGACGUGUCUCCUGCAAAAGAAGAUGCUGGUCGAGCACUUUCACAGUUUUUAACUAAUGCAAAAUCUAUAGUCAUUUGGUCACAUAUCAAGGACUUAAUUUUAUCACUCACCAAGCUAUGUGAACAUACAACCGAUGAGCCUAUGCAUCUGGUGUUUAAGACACUACAGGCUGCUGUCGGCAGAAUACCAGUUGGGUGGAAUCAAGAUGGAUCUGGAUUCUACUAUUCACGCUGAGGUAAUUGAGGUCUUAAAGGUAGAGCACAUCAUGGAUGAUUCGACAAUGUCUUUACCUCUGCUCAUUCCUACGCGAGAGGAAGUGAUGAUGAAGGUUCAAGUAAUGAAGCUCAUGGUCCAGCAAUCCGUGAAGUAUUGGGAAGGAAGAGGCGCCAGAAUGAAGCUGAUAUCCAGGGCGUCUUCCUACCUCCCACCUUGAGGACAAGGUGGUUGUCAAAGGGGGAGUAAUGAUAGAGACCUGGACUUUUGGGCUUAAUAUUUUAAUAAAAUGUAAUAGUGGGCUGGGCCAAAUAAUUAGAUAGAUUGAGGGAAGCCUCAUGUGGAGAAGAAUAAAUAGAGGGAAUAAAAGAGGGAGAGGGUAGGCAGAAUUUGGAUCUGGACUGGGACUUGGGAGUGUUGAGACUACUCGAAGUGUCUCUGUCGUCUUUUCUUCUUUCUGUUCUUCUCUUUGUACUACCAUUACCAUCAUUGGCCAUUGUUAAAGCUUCUGUACUCCUUUUUCCUGAAGUAAUAUACAGUAGAUUGCUUGGUCCCUAUCAUGGGGAUUGUAGCGAUUUGAACCCCUUCAUGCCCAAGGCUAUUCUGAUUCGCUAUUGGAAGACGAUGAUACCCAAUGAGUUGCCCAAGCCAUGGUUUCUUCUCAUCAAUUCAUCGUCAUUGAGAACCGUUGAGCUGGCGGCUGACCGGAAUUUGCUCGCUGCUCAGCUAAUUGGCUUUAGCUCCUCCACUAUUCCCACUAAUCAACUCAGCUUCCCCGCUUCCCCAAUUUGAAUCCGAGGCUCAACAAGCACAUCAAUGAGAAAGAAAGUAUCCCACUGAUCCAUUCUACCGGUGCAGCCGCAUCUCUGUCAGACAGGGAAAAAGUUUUCCAGUAAUACCAUGGUUGGCAACAUAAUUGACUAGAGCUCGCUUCAAUACCUACGACACCAGAUCCACCGGUGCUUUUGACCUACCGCAGAAUUUGGUUUAUUUUCCAAAUCCGACAACAAUGGCUGGCAGGCUGGGAGCAGGGAUUAGGCUCAAAAUCCAGCAAUGGAUUCAAAUGCUAUGAGAGCAAUUCCUUGGGUAUCGUUUGUAGCUUUUGGAGCGGAUAAAGGGUUGUUGACAACUUAACAUGGGGGGAUGGUUAAACGGAAAUGCUUGUGAGUGGCCAAAGGUUGCUCAAAUAAGUUGUUUAUGUUUUUUUGGAACCCGGUAGGCAGUUGUUUAUGUAUUAAAUUGGUCCAUUUAGAAGUUGAGUGUCCAAUCCGAACUUUGUAAAUAAUUUUAAUGUCAUUUUUUAUCGUUCUACCUUAUUUC